AUGAACAAUACAGCAUUGAGACAAAUGGGCUCAAGAUGGAUUUGUCGGCUUCCAGCAGUUACACAACCACGUGUUUGUCAAGUUCUUCCUAUACCUCAGGAAGUUUUAGACCGACUUAAAAAACCUAAACAACCAGUUGAAAACAAAACCAAACUAA